AAAAGUUUUGCCUCCUGAGGAACAUCAAUCCAAUUCGAUCUCCGAUCUGUUCAAUAAGCUGCGACACAAUAUUUAUAGAAUCGCGUGCGAGAGGGAUUUCAAACUGAGCGAGGUAAAGUAAGCCCAGGAGACGGACGAGGUGCUGCUGAGGAUCUCCAUGGAGACGGAGGACAAGACAAAAAUCAACUUGGAGACAGAGGAAACAAAAGAGAGGGACAAGGGGUCGCCGAGGGUUUCCAUGGAGAAGGAAGAGAAGCUCUUUCAUGACUACCGUCGCAAGUGGGAAAAGUCGUGGUCCAGCAAGUUUGGACGCUGUGGUCGAUUCGAAGACACAACGUUAUUGAGUCCUAUGCACUUCACAUACUGUGCACCGGGACGCAACCCAUAUGCUGCUUCUACUGGGAGAACCUUGCAGUUCUACUCCAUCAAAGUCGCGGAAAUAAAAAAGGCUCUUGGGUUGACAUGGCCGCUGGAUGUGUACGGUGUAGUUGCUGCCCGAGACAAUGUGGAUCGCAAUCGCAACAUUAUCUUCCUGCGUGGAAGGGAUGAUUGUCAAACGCUCACUCAAAAGGAUCCAUUUUUGCGCUUGACUGGUCCGUCUCGUGCAAUUGUGACUCGGGACCCUAUUCACUUGGAAAUCGAGCUAAAAGCGAAGGGAAGAACAAAGUCUGAAGAUAGAGUAUUGAUGACCGAUACCUGGUAUUACAGGGAUAAUUAUUGUGGGUUAUGUACCCUAUAUACCCCUCUUGUCACUAACCUUUGCACGAUAGUGUUAAGCUCUGAGGAACUUGAAGAAUCGGUCCAGGCCACUAUUGUUGGUGUCCGUAUUGUUGAAGGUAGUUUACCUGCAAAAAAAAAAGAUAGUUCGCCUCCUUUUAAAUAUGGAUGUAGAGUUGUCUGCUCCUCAACACCUCUGAAUGGUAUAUUGCCUGAUUCUCAACAUAUUACUGAGCCCUCAUUUCGGCAAGUUGUGCUUCAAGAUGGAGCAAUGUCCGUGUGCAAAGAUGGUUAUCUUGAUUUGGCAAGGCAUGUCGUUUCUGUUGAAUUAGGCAGACGGCUCAAAGUUAUUGUUUAUGCUUACUCACGAUCUGGGGAUAUAGCUCCCCGCGGUCAUAUAUUCUUUGAUGCCCAAAAGAGCAAGUAAGUCAUGGUUUAUGUUA